UGUAGGAGUCAGUAAGUGCCUGGUAGAUCCUUCUCUGACCUUGCCAGGGAGAGAGAAAGAGGACAGAGCCGCUGUGUGUGUGUGUGUGUGUGUGUGUGUGUGUGAGGCAGUGACGGAGCAGUCCCAGUUUCUGCACUGCAGCUCUCUCUCGGAUGGUCUUGAAGGAAAUGGAGCUGCAAUAGCGGUGAAAUAAAUCUGGCAACGUGCCAGAGGGAGUGAGACAGAAAGUAAGACAGAAGUGAAGGAGUGAGACAGAAAGUAAGACGGAGCGAAGGAGAAUGAGAUCGGAUGUCAGCAGCAUGUGUGUGCUGCAGUGACCCGGCACUGUGUGUUGGGAUCACGUUGGGAUGAGAUGGGUGAUGGGCAGGUGGUGGGGGAGGGGUGCAGCCCCUACACCUUCUUUGACAGAUUUGUGCAGGCGUCGACGUGCAGGGAGACCCUGCGGGCGUUUCAGGAGCUCUGCUCUGAGCUCCACCUGCAGCCAGGAGACAAUCCACUCUUCUACAAGACCCUGAGGUCCAGACUGCACUACUGGAGAGCCAAAGCUCUGUGGGCCAAGCUGGACAAACGAGCCAGCCAGAAAGAGUACCAGAGAGGCCAUGCUUGUUCUAACACUACAUGUCUGAUAAUAGGCGCAGGACCGUGUGGGCUUCGCACGGCUAUCGAGUUGAGUUUUCUGGGUGCGAGGGUGGUGCUGGUGGAAAAGAGGGACACUUUCUCCCGGAACAACGUCCUCCAUCUGUGGCCGUGUACCAUCCAGGAUCUGCGUGGCCUCGGAGCCAAGAAGCUCUAUGGAAAGUUCUGUGCAGGGGCCAUCGAUCAUAUUAGUAUUCGUCAGCUGCAGCUCAUCCUGCUGAAGGUGGCUCUGCUCCUGGGUGUGGAGGUUCAUGUGAAUGUGGAGUUCAGGAGUCUGAGGGAGCCUCCGGAGAACCAAGCGCACCAAAGUAUUGGCUGGAGUGCUGAGGUCCAUCCCCCUGCACAUCCAGUGAGUGAACUGCAGUUCAAUGUGGUUGUUGGAGCAGACGGCAGGAGGAACACCUUACCAGGAUUUCGUAGGAAAGAGUUCCGGGGAAAGCUGGCCAUCGCCAUUACUGCAAAUUUCAUCAACCGUAACACCACAGCAGAGGCCAAGGUGGAGGAGAUCAGCGGCGUGGCCUUUAUUUUCAACCAGAGGUUCUUCCAGGAGCUGCGUAGUGCCACCGGUAUUGACCUGGAGAACAUCGUCUACUAUAAGGAUGACACUCAUUACUUUGUCAUGACAGCUAAGAAGCAGAGUCUGCUGGAGAAAGGAGUCAUACUGCAUGAUUAUGCAGACACAGAGGUUUUGCUCUCCAGGGACAACGUAGACCAGAAUGCAUUGCUGGCGUACGCACGGGAGGCAGCGGAUUUCUCCACCAAUCACCAGCUGCCGACUCUCGACUUUGCCAUGAACCACUACGGGCAGCCGGAUGUGGCUAUGUUCGACUUCACGUGCAUGUACGCGACGGAAAACGCAGCGCUCGUACGGCAGCGCAGGGGACAUCGGCUGCUGGUGGCGUUGGUGGGAGACAGUCUGCUGGAGCCGUUCUGGCCGAUGGGGACAGGCAUUGCGCGUGGUUUCCUGGCUGCUAUGGACACGGCGUGGAUGGUUCGGAGUUGGGGAAUGAGGCUUGAACCUUUAGACGUGUUGGCUGAGAGGGAGAGUGUGUAUCGGCUGCUUCCUCAGACCACACCAGAGAACGUCAGUAAGAACUACAGUCAGUACAGCCUGGACCCUGGCACACGCUACCCAAACCUCAACACACAGGCUAUUAAUGCAUCUCAGGUCUGCCACCUCAUAGACACAGAUGAAGGGCCACUGUUGGGAGUCGUCAUAGGACCUUCUCCAUCAUCGAGACUUCCACACCAAGACUCCACAGCUCGUUCGAGUAAGCUGCUGAGUUGGUGCCAAGAUCAGACGCAGGGCUACAGGAGUGUGUGCGUGACGGACCUCACCACAUCCUGGAAGAGCGGCCUGGCACUCUGCGCUCUCCUACACAGAUACAGACCUGACCUCAUUGAUUUCGACUCUCUGGAUGAGAGCGAGGCUGAACUGAACAACCAGUUGGCCCUGGACGUAGCUGAGAGGGAGUUGGGGAUCUCGCCCAUCAUGACAGGCCAGGAGAUGAGUGAGCUGGACGAGAGCGACUCGCUCUGCAUGGUCAUGUACCUCAGCCAGCUUCACGAUCUCCUCAAAGACACAGCGCCACCCAGUGAGAGUCUGAGUGCUGAGGAGAGAGCAGCUUUGAUGUCUAGUACCAAGUCUCCACUGUCUUUACUCAACAAGCUUGGACAGAGUUUGUCCCGUAAACGUAACCCCAAGGAUAAGAAAGAGAAGGCUGCUGAUGGAGUUGGAAAGAGAAGAAGGACAAGUCAAGCUGGACAGUCGGAUGACGAAGAGGUUUCACCAGAUCGGCAUGAGGACCACGUCCCAGCAGUGAGCCCUGGAUCAGAAUCGAGCAUGGCAACUGUUGCCGGUGGCAACCAAAGCCGAGUCAAAUCAAUGGCAUCCCGGCUGUUGGCCAAGUUUGAAGAAAACGCCUCCCCACCUUCAGUCACUGCGAUACGGAGACAGAAGUACAUUAAGAUGUACACAGGGGGAGUGAGCUCGUUGGCUGAGCAGAUAGCCAAUCAGCUGCAGAGUCAGCAACACGAACCCAAAGCCCUUCUUGACAAAAAGGAGCUGGGUUCUCGGCAGAGAGAGUUCCCAGUCAAUAUCGGCGGCAGUGAUGUGUGUUAUUUCUGCUCCCGGCGCGUCUAUGUGAUGGAAAGACUGAGUGCUGAGGGCAAGUUCUUCCACAGGAGCUGCUUCCAGUGUGCCCACUGCAGCUCUACACUACGCCUCUCCAACUACGCCUAUGAUGAGCUCCAAGGGAAGUUUUAUUGCAAGCAGCACUACGGAUACAGGAUGGCGGGAAUGGCUCAGAGGAAGAGACCAGCUCCAAUCACAGUUCCUCCUCACUCUACACAGGCACCUCCUGCGCCUCCUCCCACUCCUUUGUUGCUCUCCUCCUCUGGAACAGUAGACGUGGUCCCUCCCCCUGACAGUGUCUCCUCCAGCACUCCUCCAGACACUCUGAGCGGACUGGCUAAGCGGCUGUGUGGAACUCCGGAGCGUAUCGCACUGGAAAACUACAGGCCUUGCUUGCAGGAGGAGGACGGCCCUCUGCUGGAGGUGCCAGAGGAGACACUAGCUCAGCACAACCUCAGCCUGAGCCUGCAGGAGAAAGGGAGUGAGGAGCAGACCAGUAGUUCAGAGUCAGAGCUGGAGGAAGAGGGGGAGGAGCCUUGGAGGAGGGGGGCGGAGCCACAGGAAAGGGCAGAUAGAGAGACAGAGUUAGACAGUGGGUCGGACCGAAGAAAGGAAGAAGAGAACGUAAUAGAUGAGAAGGAGGGAGAAGAACAAGAAGAUGUUUCUGAAGGAGAAGAGGAUGAAGGGGAGUCUAGUGAUGAGGGCGAAUACUGCCCUUGGGAAAAGGAGUUGCAUUUAGGGGUGUGGCUAAAAGAAGAGGAGGCAGGUGGGAUUAAAGAGUCUGGUGAGGAACACUCUGAUGACUCGGAAGUAACACCUCUUUCAGCCUUAAAGACUGAAUCAAGUGUCUCUGGGCCACUUCCCAUCGUAGACCCUACACACACCUACAAACCCACAUCUAACCCUCCUGUGACACCAAGGGACCAGGCAGCCAAGAGAUCUGGGGUAAUUGAGGAAUUCUGGCUGAAGAGUGCAGAAAUCAGGAAGAGUUUGGGGCACUCAGUGACCUGUGAUCCAACCACCCAAUCCUUGAGCAAUGGAGAUACAUUUUACUCCUCUACACCCACAAUAUCUGUUUCUAACUUGCCUUCACACACUCCCUAUGAGAGUGACUCAAUCAACCAAACCUCAGGUACACUAAGUCAGAGUGCUGGCCCUCACAGCACACAGACGCCUUCUAUGACUGACCUACAAAGUGCAUACACACAUUUCCAAUGUGGCAGCUCACACCCUCCAGAAGCAAGGAUUGAGAAUGUGUCUGUGAAGGAGAGGAAUAAACUAGAGGACGUAGUGGACCAUUCUUCAAUGGUCCACAGACUUGGCAUCACUUUGGAGGGUCAAGUAGCAGAAGAGGGAAGAGGCUUGAUCAAUAUCUCCUCCUCUAACACCAGUGGAACCCAAAGAGUUUCAGCCCCAGAUUUGAGAUUUUUGCCUCUUCCUAGGAGUCCUCCAGUAGCAAGGCAGAAGCUUGACUUGAAUCGCUCAGAUCCAACUCUAAACAGGGAAAUCUUGUUGAGUUCCCACACUGUCCCUCUUCGGCCCGACCUUGUACAGCAUGAUAGGCUGAAAUCUCACCUGAAUAGAGCUCAGAGUCUACCUCCUACUGGGGUGGAGGUCUUAUAUGCAGGAGAUGCAGAUGAAUUGCAUCCUUCCCCUGCUAUGCCCUACUACACCAGCGUCACAGAAGUUCCUACGUCGAGUCUCCCAACCAACACCCCUGGGAAGGACAAGAGUGCCCGGGAUGGAAAGAGAGCACUAUCAGAGGUCAUCUUGCGAGUUGGUGGGGCUGAGGCCUGGCAACGAAGGUCAGAGAUCGAGCCAUUGGAGGAGGAGAAGGUGAAGAAGCGAAGCUCACUAUUCUCACCAAGGAAGAACCGAAAAAGUGGCAACCUGUCAGGGGAACCACAGCAGGAUUUGGGAAAACACAAAUCCCUGUGGAAGAGUGUCUUCUCUGGGUAUAAGAAAGAGAAGAAGAGGAAAGAGGCAGAAGGUUAUUCCAGGACUCUUCCGAGCACUACCAGCCUGGAAAGCAGGAAGAGAAUGCCUGGCUUUCGCAGAACCUCAGACCUAAGCUCAAUGAAGGAUCUGAGCUUCUCUGAAGAAACAGACCUGUGCUGUAGUGUUGUGCUGGACAGAUCUCCACUUAGAGCUCAGAAAGCAGGAACCGAGGAGGAACUCGACGCCAAGCUGACCCGCAGAGUACAAAGAGCUGCACGCAGGCAGGCCAAGCAGGAGGAGCUGAAAAGGCUGCAUCGUGCACAGAUAAUCCAGCGGCAGUUGGAGCAGGUGGAAAUGAAGCAGAGGCAGUUGGAAGAGAAGGGUAUUGCUGUAGAGAAGGCCCUCAGAGGAGAAGCGGAGAAAUGUUUUGUGCUGGAGAAACUGUGUAAGCAGAUCUUUCAAAAUACAGCUAGAACCCUGCUUUCCCCCUCUUCUUCAUUCUCUUUGUGGGUUUGGAUUUCUUUCUUUCUUUUCUUGUUUUUUUUUUUUUUUUUACUUCUCCAUUAAAGAAUGGUUAAUAUAAAACGGCUAACAUUGAAUAACUCUAUUCUGCUAGCUUUCAUUCACAAAUCUGUUUUUGGAGUAGUGUCAAUUUGCUUGUGUGUGUGUGUAUGUUGUUGUUUAAGUGUGUGUGACAUCUUUCAUCAUCAUUAUGUCAUUUUUAGACCCGGUACCCGACGUUCAUAUUAGCAAGCGACAAGUCAUUAGUGUCACUCGUGGGCGUGUAGUAAGUUCUAACGUUGUUGCUGGUGGGCGUGGCCUGUCCAGUGUUUAUUUUUUUUAGUUCUGCUGAAAACAAUAAUAGCCAAAAUGUAAAUGAUUUUUAGCACUAUCUAGUAAAAGACAUAUUAAAUAAUAUGCUAAUCAGGUGUGGUUGGCUGUUUUUCCAUGCUAGGCUUUGUACUUGCUUUGUUGGCAAUGUAGCAAAGCAAGCUAACUCUACUAGCUACAUACACUCACAAGAGGCACUGAGGCACCGAUCUCUCCUACUUCCUUCCAAGCAUUAUUCUUAUUUUGAAAGACUUUAUAUGCAUUUUUAAGAGGUAGUACUGUAUAUGGCAGGAUAAAAUGAAACCACGGUUAUAAGGUUUUCUUCCAUGUCAAACAGUAAAUAGGAAAUAACGGUAGGUAGGAACUAAAGUUGUGUGGGGAACCGAAGAAAUGUCGGACCACAUGUGCUACAGGAUUGAUCCGAAGAAUUCUUCGAGCCAAUCGUUUGGAUUCGGGGCCGGUGUGACCAUAGGGUUUAUAAACAUUUUUUCAGUAGGUAAAUGUACAACACGACCUUGUAAAUUAAAAUGUACACCAAUUCAUAUCUGAAUUCACACGAUGGCUUCCUCAGCAGUUGAGUCAGCGCUGUCUCAGCUCCUCUUCAUCUCCGAAUCAUCAUUUCACCUCAUCAUAUUCUCCUCCUUAUCUGUCACGUGCUUCCUCUGAUGUCCCUGAAACUUCCCUCCUGUCUGUUUUCUGUCUUUCUCUUUUUCUGUCUCGCUGUGGCACUAGUUGAGCCCAUUCUCGGUUCCCCCCGUAGGAGACCCAUCUCCCUCUGUCCUUGUUGUUCCCAAGAAGGUAACUAAACCUUCCUCCUUUCAAUGUCUAGGCAAAUCUCUUUGGCACAGGUACCACCUUCUUAUACAAUUCAUAUUUAAAGAUGCUGGUUGUUGGAUUUGAGGGGGGGG